AUGGGAAUGCAGCGAGCUCGCGGUGAUGCGUUAGGCAACAACCACCUGCUGGUACUGCGGCGCGUCUUCAGUACCUGGUCUCCACCGUUCAAAACUGUCUCCUCGCUGGAUGUAACGGUACGUAUAAAGGCGGACGGGCAGAGGCGUACCAACAUACUCAACCACUUCCAUCUUCUUGUUUUUCUUCUCAUGUCUCGACUAGCUCUUUUCUUGACGUUCACCACCUCCCUCGCAUCGGUCUUUGCGGCCGAACUUGUUGAGAGGGACACAACCGAUACUUCUGUUCAUGCAGGCGGAUACACACCUUCGCGACAACUUGCCUCUAUGGCAAUUAUCGCGUUUGCGCAGUCGGCGAUUGUGUCCUUGAUCCACUUCUUCUGGGUCCGACCGAUGAAAGUCUCUCUGCUUACUUACACCGUCGGAAUGUUUGCGCUCACUGCUGGUUUCCUUCUCCGGGCCAUGGACACGGUUGCGCCUUUCCAGCUGUGGAAGUACAUCACCUGGGACCUGGUGUGUUAUAUCCACUCUCGAUGCGCAGAGCGUGCCUCGCUAAUAUUGCUUGCAGCUGACUCUUCUCUCGUCCUGCAGCCCAGUUUCUUUAUUGCCACAUGCUACUUUCUGCUUGCUCACUUGGGCAAUACGUUCGACCCUGAUGUCGUCUCGCGGUCCCUUGCCGUCAGCCCCUCGCGCAUCAUGACGUUCUUCGUCGGGAGCAACCUCGUCAGUUUCCUGCUCGAGGGCGGUGGUGGAGCCAUGACUCAUUCGCAAAACGGCUCUGUGGCGCAAACGGGUUCCAAGAUCGUCUUGAUCGGAUUCAUCCUCCAGGCCGCGACGCUCCUCCUCUUCAUUUUCCUUUUGAUUUCUUUCACUACCCGAAUGUCCACUGACUACCCCCAUCUCUGGAAACCCGACCACGUGGCCAAGUGGAAGAUGAUGUCUGCUGGCCCGAUCGAGAACUGGCGCCUGCUUGUCUACAUGAUCUUCAUCGUCUGCGGCGGACUGCUGGUGAGCACCGUGUACCGCGUGGUCGAAUACAUCGGAGGAUACAACGGGACCGUUGCCAACAAAGAGUUGUAUUUCUACCUCUUUGACGCCCUGCCUCUCGCCAUGACCACUUCGAUGUUCAUCACGCUCUGGCCGGCACGGUUCCUCCACCAUCAAGGACACCGUUAUUCUCUGCGCGGCGAGCCGAGCCACGAAGCCCUUAAACUUAAUUCCUUCACCGAGGCUUAAAUGACGAUCCACUUCUUUCUUCGGACUCGGC